CAAAAUGGAGUCAGUCCCCAGACGCAGACGCCACGAGCUCGCAACAAGCUCCAGCCAUGGCCGUCGAAACCCUACAAACACUCCUCCGUAGCCUCAAAUCCACACUCUAUGCUGUCAUCUCCCCCAGUUUUCAAUGGCGGCGUGGUGGUCCUCGGCCCUCCCUCUCCUCCUUAUCGCUUCAGCGGUUUUCAUCAACGAGUGGAUCACGAAUCCGACCUGCACCACCUCCGGCCACCCCAGCAAUGGUGAUAUGCUGCGCUCUGGUGAUCUUCGGGUUAUGAUGGUCUCCGAUCUCCUCCUCGGUGAUUCCGACGCUGACCUUGCCCAGCGUCUCGCUCGUCAUACUUUCCUAUCUAAAGCCCUCAGAAAAUCUGUGGAGAUGGUGAGGCCUGAUAUGAUUGUAGUUUUGGGGGAUCUCUCUGCUGGAGGAUCGGAUUUGAAUGUUGGGAAGUGGUUGGAUGAGUUGCAGGAGUUUCAGUGGAUGCUGGGACCUUAUGUAGGGCUGCCUAUGCAUGUUGUUUUGGGUGAGAGGGAUAUGGGGAGGUGUGGUGAACUGAAUGAGGAGUUCAUUGGUGGGAUUGCUGGUUAUUUGCCUGGGAUGGACUCUGCUGGUUGUGGGGCUUUUGUGAUGAAAAAGGUUACCUUUGUUUCCCUUAAUGGUGUUGCACUGCAGUGCAAGGAUGGUCAGUUGAGGUUUGGGGUUGAGAGGGUUAUAGAGAGGGAAAGCAUGGAGUUGAGGAGCACGGUGCAGGAGACUGAUGGAAAUGGUGAUGUUGGUGUAGAUGAAUUCCAGUGGAGAGACAAUGGAGUGGAAUCUGGUUCCGGCCCUGUUGUUUUGGUCCAUUUUCCAUUGCACCAGAUGGGUGUUGAUUACAAUGGUGGAACUAGUUCAACAGAAGAUGAUUUCUGGAUAGCUUCUUCCAUAGGUUUUGGGAGUUAUAAUGAUAGUGUGAUCGUUGGCGUAAAACAAUAUGAGUCAGUAGACAGUCUUCCUGUGAAUGCAACCCAAUAUAUCAUCCAUGCUCUUAAACCAAGGAUUGUGUUUAGCGCUCAUACCCAUAGUUUCCAUGAUCAGAUACACAGUGAUGGUACAAGGGAGGUGACCAUUCCAGCCUUGAGGUGGGCUCCAGUGACCAACAAAAAGCUUGGCAUUGCCCGGUUCACACGUUGAAUUCCUGUAGUCUGUUAAUUUUGAUAUGCCAG